UCUCCUGUCUUCUCUUCACCUGGGCAACUCAACUCCUGCCAAGAUGUCCUGCCAGCAGAACCAGCAGCAGUGCCAGCCCCCACCCAAGUGCCCCUCACCCAAGUGCCCCCCAAAGAGCCCAGCACAGUGCCUGCCUACUGCCUCCUCUGGCUGUGCUCUAAGCCCUGGCGGCUGUGGCCCCAGCUCCGAGGGCGGCUGCUGCCUGAGCCACCACAGGCCCCGCAGGUCCCACCGGUGCCGGCUCCUGAGCUCUGACUCCUGCGACGGGGGCAGUGGUCAACAAGGAGGGGGCUCUGGCUGUGGCCACGGCUCUGGAGGCUGCUGCUGACCUGGAUUCUGAUGCUGAGAUAAGCGAUUUUAGAGAAAACAAGAAUCCAAAGUGCCAAGGAAAAGCCC